UUACCAAUUAAACCAAAAAAUUUGAAGUGAGUAAGCUACUCAUCUAACAAUAAAUUUUCAUCGUUCCAAUCAUGUCACAAAGAAGAAGGUUUAUGUGGAGAAAUCCAAAAGAGUCAUACAUCCAUAAGAUUACAAUUACAGAGACCACUGAAGGAGGACAAGAUAUAGCGUGUGUCGAUAGAAUUUCCAAUUUGCCAGUCGAUAUAAUCCGUCAAUUUCUUUUUCGGAUUCCACCAAAAGAUAUAGCCAGAACUAGUGUCUUGUCCAAGAAAUGGCUAAGCAUUUGGGCUUCUCUCUCAGAUAUUUAUUUGGAGAAUGGUGAAAUCGGCAUGCUCUUUCUUCGAAUGACUGUUGAUAAAAGAUCUUCUUGGGAAUUGCUGGGGAAAAGAUGGAUAGAUUUUGCCUUGAAAAAUAAGGCUAAAACGUUACAUCUUGAUAUAAAAGCACUUAAUUAUGAGAAGCCUUUCCGCCUUUUCUCCUUAUCUGGUUUUGCAUUUUCCUCUGCUAUAUUAGUUGUUUUAAGCAUCAAAGAGUGUGAGAUUAGUAGUUCAGUCUCUUUUAUGCUUCCUAAUUUAAGGUCCCUCUUUCUACAUACUAUCAUGACGGUUGAUGGUUUUGUAUUUGCCGAUUUCAUUGCUGGGUGCCCUCGAAUCGAGGAGUUGGUCGUAGAUUAUUUUCCAGAAGAGUUGGACAUUAUAUUAGUUCCAAAUCCUAACCUAAAAUAUUUGAUGGUGAAAUACGAUGCCCUUGGCGGUAAAUUACAAGUAGAGUCCAAAAAACUGGAAUCUCUUGUAUUUUCAUACUUGAGGGUGGAAGUGGAUGAGUAUGCAUUCGAGAUUGCGUCCACCAGUACGGUCAAGAAUUUGACAUUGCCAAAAGUUUAUGUCCUAGAAAGGACAUUGAGCCCUUUUAUCAAUAGGUUCCCUUUACUUGAGAACCUUGUGAUAGAUGGUUGCUGUCUUGAUUUUUUUAGCGGAGGUGUUGGUAUCGACAAUUAUUUGCCACGCCUUUUUAUUUCUCACAAGAAUCUGGCUAACUUUGUGCUGAAGUUAAACACCACUGAUAGCAUUGAUGAGAUAAUAAUACAUGCUCCCAACUUAAAAUCCUUUGAAUACUGUGGUCAACUCACGUCUUUUCCUGGAAUAUGGGCUUCUCGUCAAUUGGAGUUUGUUAAACUCCAUUUAAGACCCAAAGUGCUUAAUACUCGCUGGUACAUUUGGGUACGAAAGAUUUUGGAGUCUUUUGCUCAUGCCAAGCAUUUGUGCUUGAUCUGCCAAAGUGAACAGGAUAUCAUCUUUCCUGAUGAGCUAACCGAGACAUUACUUCCAGCAAUCAAUAAUAUUAAAAAUUUGGAAUUGCAAAUUGAAUCAUCUACUGGCAGUACGAAAAAAAUUCUAGAUGGCUUUAUUUGGAUUCUUCCAGGUUUGAAGACUUUGUCAUUGACAUUGGGUUCCGUUUCAAAAAUCAUUGAGUUUUACAGCGGAUGAUGUGGAGAUUAUUUCAGCCUUCUGCCCAGAACAAACACUGGAACACAAGCAGAAGCUAGCAUACAAUGAUUAGAGAGACUAGAUCGAGAGAAUGCUUUCUUGGCAUUACUGAAAUUUUUCUUGUUUUGAACUUCAUUCUAUUGUGAAGUAGAAGCACAGACUUAGCUUGUAGCUUGCCAAACAGUGGAUCCGGUGACUUAAUGAAUCACAUAUUUCAUAUGCAAGAAAUAUAUAUAUAUAUGCAGUUGUUUAAAGUGCUUUUAA